AUGACCAUCGUAUUGGGCAUUGAGGGUAGUGCGAACAAAUUAGGCGUUGGGAUCGUUCGUGAUGGUUCGGUGCUAGCAAAUCCGAGGGUGACAUACAUUACUCCACCCGGCGAAGGUUUCCAGCCAACAGAAACUGCUAGAUUUCAUCAGUCUCAUAUUAUUGAGCUUGUUCAGAAAGCCAUUAAAGAAGCGAAAGUUGACCCUUCCGAAUUGGAUGCUGUUGCUUACACGAAGGCACCAGGGUAUUAUAACUAG